AUGGUGGAGCCUGUGCCGGAGUCCAUCAACUUUCCCGCACAGGAAGAGAAGAUCCUGCUGCUGUGGAAGGAGAAGGACUGUUUUUACGAGUGCCUCAAACAAUCCAAGAACAGGCCAAGGUACACCUUCUAUGAUGGACCACCCUUUGCCACGGGUCUACCUCACUACGGUCACAUCCUAGCAGGCACCAUCAAGGACAUUGUUACUCGCUUUGCCCAUCAGAGUGGCUUCCAUGUGGACCGACGCUUUGGCUGGGAUUGUCAUGGCCUUCCUGUGGAGUACGAGAUUGAUAAGACCUUGGACAUAAAAGGCCCUGAUGAUGUAGCCAAGAUGGGCAUCGCGGAGUACAACAAACAGUGUCGAAACAUCGUCAUGAGAUACUCUCACGAGUGGGAGGUUUCAGUCAAUAGGAUGGGUAGGUGGAUCGACUUCAAAAACGACUACAAGACCCUCUACCCAUGGUUCAUGGAGACUGUCUGGUGGGUGUUCAAGCAGCUUUAUGACAAGGGUUUGGUGUAUCGUGGUGUCAAGGUUAUGCCUUUUUCUACUGCGUGCAACACACCACUCUCCAAUUUCGAAUCUCACCAGAACUACAAGGAUGUUCAAGAUCCAUCGGUUAUUGUCAACUUCCCACUGCUCGAUGACGAAGACGUGUCUCUUAUUGCGUGGACCACCACUCCGUGGACACUACCCAGCAACCUAGCUCUCUGUGUCAACCCGGAUUUGUCCUAUGUCAAGGUCCAAGAUAACACCACCAACAAGACGUACAUCAUGAUGGAGUCUCGGCUGGGUGCGCUCUUCAAGUUGGAGAGCGAGUACACGCUCCUGGACAAAUUUCCUGGCAAAAUGCUGAGUGGAAAAAAGUAUAAGCCUCUUUUCAAUUAUUUUGCCAAGUGUGGCGAGAAAGGAGCAUUCCAGGUGGUGACUGAUAACUAUGUCAAAGAGGAAGAGGGCACAGGAGUAGUCCAUCAGGCACCUUACUUUGGAGCUGACGAUUACAGGGUGUGCACUGAAUACAGCAUCAUCCAGAGAGACCAGGCUCCGAUCUGCCCCGUGGAUGCCUCUGGCUGCUUCACAUCAGAGGUCACCGAUUUUGCAGGACAGUACGUCAAAGAUGCGGACAAGAAUAUCAUCAAGUGGCUAAAGGAGAAGGGUCGCCUUGUCAACUCUAGCUCUUUCAAGCAUAGCUACCCAUUCUGCUGGAGGUCAGAUACCCCCCUGAUCUACAAAGCUGUGCCCAGUUGGUUUGUCCGUGUGGAGCACAUGGUACAGAAGCUUCUGAACAACAAUGGACAGUGUUAUUGGGUGCCUGAUUUUGUACGUGAGAAGCGGUUCGGAAACUGGCUGAGGGAUGCACGUGACUGGGCCAUUUCCAGGAACCGUUACUGGGGCACGCCAAUCCCCAUGUGGGUCAGCGAUGAUUACGAGGAGGUAGUGUGUGUGGGCUCCAUUGGUGAACUGGAGGAACUGACAGGUGCCAAAGUAACUGACCUUCAUCGAGAGAGCAUCGACCACCUGACCAUACCCUCGCGUUGUGGCAAAGGGGUUCUGCGUAGGAUCACCGAGGUGUUUGACUGUUGGUUUGAGAGCGGUAGCAUGCCCUACGCCCAGGUCCACUACCCCUUUGAAAACAGAAAGGAAUUUGAGGACACUUUCCCGGCGGACUUUAUCGCCGAGGGCAUUGACCAAACCAGGGGGUGGUUCUACACCCUGCUUGUGCUCUCCACAGCGCUGUUUGGUAAACCGCCCUUCAAGAAUGUCAUCGUUAAUGGCUUGGUACUUGCUAGCGAUGGACAGAAGAUGAGCAAGCGCAAGAAGAACUACCCGGAUCCCGGGCUCAUAGUGCAGAGCUAUGGCGCUGAUGCCCUCAGACUGUAUCUCAUCAACUCCCCAGUGGUAAGAGCGGAAAACCUGCGUUUCAAAGAGGAAGGUGUUCGAGACGUGUUGAAGGAUGUCUUCCUGCCGUGGUACAAUGCCUAUCGCUUCCUAGUGCAGAAUGUGCAAAGGUUACAAAAGGAGGAUGGCAUUCAGUUCCUGUAUAACGAGAACACCGCGAAGCAAAGUGACAACAUCAUGGACAAAUGGAUUCAGUCCUUCACGCAAUCUCUCAUCCAGUUCUUUAAGGCAGAAAUGGAUGCAUACCGUCUCUACACUGUGGUGCCUCGUCUGGUCAAGUUUGUGGAUAUGCUUACCAACUGGUACGUCCGUACCAAUAGACGCCGCCUGAAGGGCGAGAGUGGUACUGAGGACUGUCUGUGGGCGCUGGAAACCCUCUUCACUGUUCUCUUUUCCAUGUGCAGGCUGAUGGCUCCUUUCACACCCUUCAUCACAGAGAUGAUGUACCAAAAUCUGCGUAACCUUGUUGACCUCGCCUCUUUGGAGGAAAAGGACACGGGCAGCAUCCAUUAUCUCAUGCUCCCCCAAGUCAGGGAGAAUUUGAUUGACAAACGCAUCGAGAACGCUGUCUCUCAGAUGCAGUCCGUGAUCGAGCUGGGACGUGUCAUCCGUGACAGAAAGACCCUGCCAGUGAAGUAUCCACUGAAGGAGGUGGUCGUCAUUCACCAGGACCCAGAAGCACUCAAAGACAUCCAGUCACUACAGAAAUACAUUUUGGAAGAACUCAAUGUGCGGCAGCUAACCAUUUCGACGGACAAAGACAAGUAUGGCAUCCGUCUGCGGGCCGAACCGGAUCACAUGGUCCUAGGCAAGAGGCUGAAGGGGGCGUUCAAAUCCAUCACUGCUGCAAUCAAGGAGCUUACCAGCGAACAACUUGAAGCCUUUCAGAAGAAAGGUUCUAUCAUGGUAGAUGGCCACGAGCUUCACGAGGAGGACCUGAGACUGAUGUACACAUUUGGUCAGAGUUCUAAUGCAGCUGCUCAAUACGAAGCCCACUCUGACUCACAGGUGCUGGUAUUGUUGGACGUUUCCCCAGACCAGUCCAUGUUGGAUGAAGGAGUGGCCAGAGAAGUCAUCAACCGUGUUCAGAAACUACGCAAGAAGGGCCAUUUGGUACCGUCGGAUGAAAUCACAGUGUAUUACCGCUGUCAGCCAGACGGGGAGUACUUGGGCUCAGUUAUCCAGGCUCACACGGACUUCAUUUUGGCGACGACAAAGGCGCCUCUUCUUCCAUACCCUGUCCCUAAGCGUGCCACCAUCAUCAUCGAAGAAAAGACACAGUUGAAGGGCUCUGACUUGGAGCUAACAAUCGUCAAGGGUUCUUCAGCACCACUGAUCGCUUUAAAUGGACCAGCUUGUGCUUACGUCAACAUCAGAGUGAAAGCCAACGGCAAACAACAAGAAGGGGUGGUGCUGCUAGAGAAUCCAAAAGGUGAUAACGGGAUAGACGUGGACAAGUUAAAAAUCGUGUGCCGCAGCAUCUUUGGGACAAACAAUGCCAAGCUCAAACUCUUUAACGAUGGCAAAGAGUUGGCUAGUAAAGCAGACCUGCGGGCCCUGAGUGGUAAAACUUUGUCAGUGACUACAGACACGGCCUCCCCUGGGUGCAAGACCUCCGACAGUGCCCUUGCAUGUCCAUACGUGAACCUGAUGCUCUGCGAUGCACAGCCCGCUGAGUGCAAAACGGGACAAGUGGGCACCCUCCUGUUGGUCAACCCAGUGGGACAAAAUGGUCUAGAUGUCAAAGGCCUGCUGUCAGAGGCCGCAAAGGUCUUCGGCCUCCGCGGCAGACGGGUCAGACUCUACAUGGACCAUGAGCUCAGCCAGGAGCUGCCUGCCAAUUCUGUCGUAAAAUCUUUGGACACCAAAACUCUGUUUGUGAGAGUUCUCCCCACCACAGCGGAAUCAUAG